CCGCUCGCCGCUAGCCCGCGGGCCAGCACCCGUCCCGGAGCCGCCGCCCGAGCCAUGGCUCUAAAAGGACAAGAAGAUUAUAUUUACCUUUUUAAGGACUCCGCGCAUCCAGUGGACUUUCUGGAUGCAUUCAAAACAUUUUACUUGGAUGGAUUAUUUACUGAUAUCACCCUUCAGUGUCCGUCAGGCAUAAUCUUCCACUGUCACCGAGCUGUUUUGGCUGCUUGCAGCAAUUAUUUUAAGGCAAUGUUCACAGCUGACAUGAAAGAAAAAUUUAAAAAUAAAAUAAAAAUCUUUGGCAUCCACCAUGAUAUUUUGGAAGGUCUUGUAAAUUAUGCAUACACUUCUCAAAUUGAAAUAACUACAAGAAAUGUUCAGAGCCUGCUGGAAGCAGCAGACCUGCUGCAGUUCCUUUCCGUGAAGAAAGCCUGUGAGCAGUUUUUGGUGAGGCACCUGGAUAUUGAUAAUUGUAUUGGGAUGCACUCCUUUGCGGAAUUUCACGUGUGUCCAGAGCUAGAGAAGGAAUCGCAAAGAAUUCUGUGUUCGAGGUUUAAGGAAGUAUGGCAACAAGAAGAAUUUCUGGAAAUCAGCUUUGAAAAGUUGCUCUUCAUCUUGUCCAGAAAGAAUCUCAGUGUUUGGAAAGAAGAAGCCAUCAUAGAGCCAGUUAUUAAGUGGACUGCUUAUGAUGUAGAAAAUCGAAUUGACUGCCUGUAUAACCUACUAAGCUAUAUCAACAUAGAUAUAGAUCCAGUGUAUUUAAAAACAGCGUUAGGCCUCCAAAGAAGCUGCCUACUAACGGAAAAUAAGAUACGGUCUCUAAUAUACAAUGCUUUGAAUCCCAUGCAUAAAGAGAUUUCCCAGAGGUCCACAGCCACCAUGUAUAUCAUUGGAGGCUAUUACUGGCAUCCUUUAUCAGAGGUUCACAUAUGGGAUCCGUUGACGAAUGUUUGGAUUCAGGGAGCAGAGAUACCAGAUUAUACGAGGGAGAGCUAUGGUGUUACCUGUUUGGGACCCAACAUUUAUGUAACUGGGGGUUACAGGACAGAUAACAUAGAAGCUCUUGACACAGUGUGGAUCUAUAACAGUGAAAGCGAUGAGUGGACGGAAGGUUUGCCAAUGCUCAAUGCCAGGUAUUACCACUGUGCCGUCACCUUGGGUGGCUGUGUCUAUGCUUUAGGCGGUUACAGAAAAGGGGCUCCAGCGGAAGAGGCCGAGUUCUAUGAUCCAUUAAAAGAGAAGUGGAUUCCCAUUGCAAACAUGAUUAAAGGUGUGGGAAAUGCUACUGCCUGUGUCUUGCAUGAAGUUAUCUACGUCAUUGGUGGACACUGUGGCUACAGAGGGAGCUGCACCUAUGACAAGGUCCAGAGCUACAAUUCGGAUAUCAACGAAUGGAGCCUCAUCACUUCUGGUCCCCAUCCAGAAUAUGGAUUGUGUUCAGUUCCAUUUGAAAGUAAGCUCUAUCUAGUUGGCGGACAAACUACAAUCACGGAAUGCUAUGACCCUGAACAAAAUGAGUGGAGAGAGAUAGCUCCCAUGAUGGAAAGAAGGAUGGAGUGUGGUGCUGUCAUCAUGAAUGGAUGUAUCUAUGUCACUGGGGGAUAUUCUUACUCAAAGGGAACGUAUCUUCAGAGCAUUGAAAAGUAUGAUCCAGACCUUAAUAAGUGGGAAAUUGUGGGUAAUCUUCCAAGUGCCAUGCGGUCCCACGGAUGUGUUUGUGUGUAUAAUGUCUGAUUGGAUUUGUAGAAAUGACCAAGUAAUCACUGUUUUGGGGUGUAGUAAAAAAAAAAAAGCAG